AUGUCCUCAAGAGGUGGAAGUAAGCAGGGAGAAGUAGAAGAUGAAGGGGGGGGAUCUAAUGGGGGGGGGAAUAGGUCUUCUGAUGAGGAGUUCCUAGCCUUUUACGGCGAUGAAAGGUCUGGGGAAGAGAAUAUUCUGGAGGAAGUUAGGAAUGAGGGGGGAAGUUGUGAGAAGGUGAAACAGGUGGGGGGAAAAAGGAGCGGUGGUCCUGUCCGAGCGGGCAUAACCAUCGAGGAGAUUUUGGGGACGGAAUCUAUACCGUCCAUGUCGGAGUCGGAGAUUGUUGCCAGUAAGCGGCUUUUUUCGGAGCUUUCCGGCUCCGAUACAGAGGAAAUUGGCGCGGGGUCUGAUAAGACAGUCAAGCCCCAGGUCGCCAAACGUGGGAAAAAUCGCGGUUCGUCGAGCAGAGUGUCCGCUGCUCGACAGGAGCUGCGAGAUAGGACCAAGGAGGCUAAGGAGGCAGACUUCCUUGCCUCUCUAGAAAGGAGGUCAUAUCGGAAGGAGGUGGGGGACGUAGCGGAACCUACUCCACCAGGGCCUCUUGACAUUGAUGUCGAGGCAAUGGGGCCGGAGGAUUUGUUGCGCGCUGCCGAGAGUAAUCUCCAGGAGAUUGUCGGCAUCGCGAACAAAUCCUCCAAUUUGAAGGGUGGUUAUGCCAAUAAAAUAAGGCGGGCCACCUCUACUGUGAGGUUGGUUUUGGACGCGCUUGGAGCGCGCACUGAAGCAGAGGAGACUCGCCGACUUAAAGCCGACAACAGUCGGCUUCAAAGAGAAUUGGCGAAUCUCCGGGAGGAAGUGCGCGCUUACAAGCGCGAGUUUGAGGAGAGCCGAACUGAAGCGGCAAAAGAGAAUCGCUCGCCGAUGUCCAGCGAACAGCUGGGCGUCCUGGAGAGGAAUGUUGCUCGUCUGGUGAGCAACCUGGUAGACAAGCGUUUGGCGGCGCUUGAGGAACGUUUGCCUCCUCUAGCCCCAGUUCGACCACCCUUAGCGGCUGAUAGAAGGAGGGCUGCUCAAGAGAAGAGUGCUUCUCACGAUGCCAGUCCAGCGCCAGUUGCUUUGCCGUCCCGGGAUGUCUCACCAAUGGUGACCAUUCCCAUGACUCGACGUAUGGCACGCGAGGAGUUUCCAGCACUCCCGGUGCGCCCGGAGGUGCGCUCGGCCCCUUCCCCAGCUAGACCUAAAAAGGCUAAGGCGAAGGCUAAAGGGUCGAAAUCUCGGGAGCGAACAGACGCUGGUCCAUCUGCUUCGACAACGGCUGCCGCUGCAACACCGAGUGCCCCGAUUGAGGCACCGGUGGUAGCGGCGGCAGCUGCGGGCCCCUCGGAAGAGUCCCCGGCCCAAUGGACCGAGGUCGUCCGCCGAAAGGCGCCGAGGAAGACGGCACCGGUGCCUGCCCCAAAACCGGUAAAGAAGGCCCCCAAGGUUGUCAUGCCCCGCUCCACGGCUGUUGUUGUAAAGCUAAAGCCGGAAGCGGUGUGCAGCGGCUCGACAUACAGUUCUGUCUUGCAAAAGGCAGAGCUGUCCAUCAAGCUGGACGAUUUGGGUAUCGGCCCCCUCAGAAUCAGACAGGCGGCUACAGGAGCCAGGGUCAUAGAGAUCCCUGGCUCCACCAGUCACGAAAAGGCGGACGCGUUGGCCGCCCGCCUUUCCGAGGUUCUCGCGGAAGAGGUGGACGUUUCCAGGCCCCUGAAAUGUGCCGAUUUUAAAAUCACGGGCCUGUCUGACGCUGCGACGGUGGAGUCGGUAAAGUCCGCCAUCGCUAGGGAGGGGGGUUGUCUCUCCACUCAGAUAUGGGUGGGAGAGAUACAAAGGGGUAUGACGGGCACGGGCUUUGCCCGCAUGAGUUGCCCUGUGACAGCGGCUAAAAAGCUGGUGUCACUGGGCAGUAUUGCUGUUGGGUGGAGUAAAGUCAUGCUCCACCUUGUUGACGCACGUCCCAAGCACUGUUUUAGAUGCUUGGGAAUGGGACAUUUUGCUGCGUUGUGUCCCCCAUCGAUGAAGGACCGCAGCAAUUUGUGCUACCGCUGCGGUCAAUCCGGACACAUCUCAUCUGGGUGUGUGGUAGCAAAACCGAAGUGUGCGGUCUGCUCGGAUGCAGGCCGCCCAGCGGAGCACGUGAUGGGGGGUAGAUCCUGCAACCCCCCACCGGUUCGUGGGAAAAUUCGCUCCUCCUUGAUAGAAGGGAGGGGAUUGGCGUCGCCUGAGGCCCAAAUGUCUGACUAA